UAAAACAUGUUUGACUUAAAAACAUGCUGAAAUAUUUUAAAAUGACAUACAACAUAGACCGGUCCUAUCGUUUCACGUUUGUUCGCGACAGACGCAUCCGUGCGCCGCGAGUGCAAAAUCAUAAUGCCUGAGUGUUCGUGUAUGCGCGUAACUAUUUAUACUCUAACAAUUUUGUGAUGAGGGUAAUGAGCAAAAAGUGCCGUGAGCCGCGCCAAGGUAUGUUUUUCACGUGCACCCUCCUUCUAAAUUGUUAUAGAAUUGUGUUCAGAUUUUGAUAGUGAUUUAAUUUGUAAAUUAUAGCGUUUUUUGAUACCAAAUUGUAAUAGUCUUGUAGCGGUAACCUUAACCUACAUAAUUUUGUAUAAUAAACCUAAUAGUUCUGCCGUUUAAAGCCUGAUUUACCUAUGAAAACAUUUCUCGAUAGUAAAAAUCCUAGACUUUCAUUAGUGAAAUAGUGUUUAACUGAAAGCCUAGGUUUCAUUGUAUACAAAAUAACUUAAUUUAUAGAAAUAUUGUUAAUAGUUUAAGUUAUAGAGCAAUAAAUAAUGUCUGUGCUUUGACUUUCAUUUCACAUGCAAAUUAACAAUACUAGGGCUUAGGUCACAUUGUUAGGAUUACUAUCGCCAGAUAGCCCAUGAAAUGCCCUAACACACACUGCCUUUCGUAUCGAGAUACCCCCCAUAGUUUGUUUUUUAUCUCGAGAUAAUCUUCACAUAAGGGCCGAUUUCACAUAGUUUUUUAUAGUUAUUCGGUUAUAGUAUUUCAGCCCUGAAGGUAUGCAGGGUGUGUGUGGUAUAGUUCAGUAGCGCACUUCAUGGGGCGUCUGACGCUAUGUGUCCUGUAAUGAUAUCAUGUACCAAUUGUUUGUAAUACGGCUGUUAAAUUGAAAGGUCAAUAAAACUGAGUUGGUCGGAGGGACGAGAAAUCGAGGUGCUCGUCACGGUAAAGUUUCGAGCUCAUUCGGUGCGCAAGCGCCGCCGUACAAAUCGUAGUCAUCGGUAUGGAUUUUUUGAUAGUGUAACAAGUAAAUAGUGAAAAGUAAAUAGUGUAAUUGUAGUAUGUCCACUCGCCCAGACGUCCAAGAACCAGCGACCGACGGGGCGUCAACGUCUCGAAGCCACCCCAUAGUACCUGCUUCUGAGCUACGUCCGUCCCGCACAUCUGUUUGGUCCUUGCGACCCGGAUCGCCUGGGAAGCGAGCCAGGAACUUCAGCUGAAGAUACUGAAGAGUUGUAAACAGCAAGUAUGCCUGUGACAAGAUCGCAAGGAAGAGCCGCUCAAGCCUGGAUCAUCGACGCCAGACCGGGCCGCCGCACACCCCCCAUCGUGCACGACCAGCCGCCGUUCUCUCCAACCACCACCGAGGGGAGUGAGCAGCCCCCCCCUCCCCCGAGGGGGGGUGAAGACCUACCCUGCCCCGCAGCUGUGAGGGGAAGUGAGGCGCCGCCCUGCCCCCCUGCCCCGCGGGGGGGUGAAGACCGACCGCGCCCCCCUACCCCGCGAGGGGGUGAAGAGCGACCAGCGCCGUCGUCGUUGAUGCAGACUGAAGCGUCGUCAUCACUGAGGCCGCCUGGAACCAGUGCUGAAGAAUAUAGUUCAGGAGGAACACUGAAGGCUUGCGACAAGACAUACAACCGAGCUGUACCGUUGACUACCCGGGUUGACGCCCGUACCGAACUUAAGGCACCGUCGCACAGAUCGACGGCAUCAAAUAGAAAAAUUAGAAAUGCGCGUGAAGACUUAUUGAAGAUUAAGUUGGAGCUAGCGCAAAUAGCACUUCAGAGGGCCGAGGAAGAAUCGGACGACGAUUAUAUGGACGAUAGAAAUUCCAAUGAAGAGUACAUCCGUUCCUGGUUGGAGGAAGCUCCGGAACCAGACCCGCAGGACGCCGCCGCUGAGGGAGGACAUAGACCACCAGAUACCCUGGACCUGCCCGAGCCCCCCCCCUCCGCGGUUAUAGUGAAUCCGGUCCUGCGUGGAAUAAGUACUGCUCCUGGAAGAGACGCCGCCGCCGAGGGAGGACAUAGACUGCCGGGUACCCUGGACAAACCAGAGCCCCCCCCCUCGAAGACCAUCGAUACUGAAGCCCUUUCAUCAAUGAAGAAACCAGUUGAAGAUACCGCAGGGGGUGAAGGGCUCCGUCCGUUUAUCACGGAACUCACCUCCGCCAUCGCAUCGCUAGCCGGCAAUAGAAGCGAAGAGAAACCGGUGUACCACAACCCUGCUGCAUCGAAAGUCAUCAUGACGCUGCCGAACUUUAGUGGAUUGCAUACAGAAUGGCUAUCGUUCCGCGCCAUCUAUGAGACAACGCGACCAUAUUUCAACGAUGUGGAAAAUACGGCGAGGCUGAGAAGAAGCCUGCGAGGAAGAGCGCUUGACACAGUUAGUUCCGAGCUUAUCGGCAACGCCAGGCCAGAUGACAUCAUGAAGGAGUUGGAGCUUCAGUUUGGCCGCCCCGACUCAAUAGCGCAAGCGGAGACAGACAGACUGCGCGGGCUGCCACGCUGCGGAGAAGCACCGAAGGACAUCUGCACUUUCGCCAGCCGUGUACGAAGUGGCAUCGUCACACUGCGAGCGCUGAAAAAGGAACACUACCUCAUGAACGCCGAGCUUAUGCGCAUCCUCACAGAGAAGCUGCCGAACUCGCUACGUGUACAGUGGUACAAGACAUAUACUGAGAAGUACCAGUCAACGCCGGACUUGGGUCUCUUCAGCGACUUCAUCACCGAACAAGCUCGCUACUGCAGCGCGUUUGCACCGCCUGAAAACAUCAGUGAAGCUACUGGACUUAGACGUGUGACGCAGAGAACACACACCACUAUAGACAAGAAGCCCGCAUCGAAGUGCCGCAUCUGCGAGAUGGAUGGACACCGAUCGCUAGACUGCCACAAGUUCGUGAAGGCUUCUGCGGACAAGAAGUGGGAACUUGCCAAGCAGCACAACCUGUGCUUCCGCUGCCUGCGCCAUCGUCAGCACGGACACAGAUGUCAGAAGAAGAGAUGUGGAAUCGAGGGCUGCACAGCAUCACACCAUCAUCUGCUUCACUACAAGAAGAAGGCGAGCACUACUGAAGUCGCACAAGAAGCACAAGAAAUAGUCGCAAGUUCACGCAACCACACAAAUCAAGCGUUCCUGAAAAUCGUUCCGGUGCAACUGUCCGGACCGGCGGGAGAAGUGCGCACCUACGCACUGCUGGAUGACGGCUCAACCGUGUCACUGAUUGACGAAGAGCUAGCAGACAUGAUCGGUGCAGAGGGACCAGUCGAGCCGAUGAAGAUAGGCGCCAUCAGCGACGUGACUAUCGACACGCCCACGUCGAAGAGAGUUGACCUCACGCUAUCGACCUGCCAUAGGAAGAAGAUACCCUUCAGGGCGCGCACCAUACCACGCCUGCACCUGUCGCCGCAGUCAAUCAGCAAGGAUGACAUCGCUGACUGCAAGCACCUGUUCGACCUGGCAGAUCAGCUGACGUACAACGCAGGGACGCCGAAGAUUAUCAUCGGGCAAGACAACUGGCAUCUGCUCCUAGCAACAGACAUCAGAAGAGGGCCCCAGCAUCAGCCGAUAGCAUCGUUAACUCCCUUGGGCUGGGUGCUGCACGGUGCCCGCACUAGGAUUCUGGGACAGCAGGUGCACUACGUCAAUCAGCUGAACAGCGCCGAGGAAAGCAUAGACAAGCAACUUCGUGAAUACUUCGCACUCGAGUCACUCAUCAUCAACCCGUGCCGACCAGCUUCUGACCCGGAGAAGAGAGCGGAAGAUAUAUUACAACGCAGUAUAGUACAGCUGGAAGAUGGACGUCUUCAGACUGCGUUGCUAUGGAGGAGUGACGAGAUACAGAUGCCGGACAGCUACGCGACUGCGAUGAAUAGACUCGUAUCAAUAGAGAAAAAACUCGACAAGAAUCCUGCUCUGAAGACUAGAUAUAUGGCGCAGAUGGAUUCACUAAUAGGAAAGGGCUACGCAGAGAAAGCGCCCCUUGAACGUACACCGGGAAGAACGUGGUACCUGCCGCACUUCGACGUCUUCAACCCUAUGAAACCGGAGAAGCUUCGUAUAGUUCACGACGCAGCAGCGAAGACAAGAGGGAUGUCACUGAACGACUACCUGCUCACGGGUCCGGACUUGCUGCAGUCACUGCCCGGCGUGAUGAUGCGAUUCCGACGUCACCGCGUCGCCGUCUCCGGAGAUAUCACUGAAAUGUUUAUGCAGGUGAAAGUAAAGCCAGAAGACAGAGACGCUCUCCGAUAUCUGUGGCGAGGAGAGCGGCGGGAGGGGGCGCCGGAAGAGUACCGAAUGACGUCAAUAAUAUUCGGCGCAGCAAGUUCACCGUGUACAGCAAUAUUCGCUAAGAACUGGAAUGCUAAACGCCAUGCGAACGAACAUCCAGAAGCAGUAGAAGCAAUAGUCAAGAAUCAUUACAUGGACGAUUACCUGGAUAGCUUCAGAAGUAUAGAAGAGGCGACGCACACAAUCAAGAUAGUACAAGAAAUACAUAGUAAAGCGCGCUUCGACCUAACGAAAUGGGUAUCCAACAGCGAAGAAGUGCUGCGUGAAUUGGUACCGGGCCAAGAAACAACACAGAUUGUUAAUCUUGGAAAUAUAGAAAACACAGAGAAAGUACUCGGCGUGAUAUGGAAGCCACACACAGACGAGCUGAGCUUCAACUUAAAACUCGCGCGCCUACCUACUGGCCUGCUCGACAAGGAAACGCCCACCAAGAGAGAGGCGCUCAAGAUAGUUAUGUCGCUGUAUGACCCGCUGGGCCUCGCCUCACCUAUAACAAUCAGGGCGAAACAAAUACUGCAAGAAGCCUGGAGGCGGGGAGUCGACUGGGAUCAACCUCUCGAUGAAGAACUAUCAAGCCAGUGGAGGGCGUGGAUAAGUCAUCUCGAACAGCUGAAGAACGUAAACAUACCGCGCUGUUAUCCUGGGUACAGCGAGGCUACAGAAAUACAAGUACACGUGUUCACCGACGCCAGUGAGAAGGCCUACGCUACAGCGGUGUACUGGAGGUCAACGACCCGUGACAACAACGUGCACGUCAGCCUCGUCAUGGCAGAGUCGAAGAGUGGCGCUGGGUGCCUACAAAAAGCAACAUAGCCGACGCCGCCACCCGCGACGUCCCGACGCACUUUCAUACCGACCACGAGUGGUACUGCGGCCCUAAGUUCCUCUACGACGACCCAUCGACAUGGCCGACCGAGUCACCAGCUGACAGUCAACCGACAGGCGA